CGGGCUGCGGAGGCGGCUUACGGUAGCGUGGUCCGGGUCGCCUUCCGCCGGCAGCUCGCGACCUGCGAGUGCGGCGUGGGCUCCGCUCACCUGCGAUGGACGGCUCCUUCGUUCAGCACAGCGUGAGGGUUCUGCAGGAGCUCAACAAGCAGCGGGAGAAGGGCCAGUACUGCGACGCCACCCUGGACGUGGGGGGCCUGGUGUUCAAGGCACACUGGAGUGUCCUUGCCUGCUGCAGCCACUUCUUCCAGAGCCUCUAUGGGGAUGGGUCAGGGGGCAGUGUUGUCCUCCCUGCCGGUUUUGCGGAGAUCUUUGGCCUCCUUCUGGACUUUUUCUACACUGGUCACCUUGCCCUCACCACAGGCAACCGGGAUCAGGUGCUCCUGGCAGCCAGGGAGCUGCGAGUGCCAGAGGCCGUGGAGCUGUGCCAGAGCUUCCAGCCCAAAACCUCAGUGGGACAGGCAUCGAGUGCCCAGAGUGGGCUGGGGAAACCUGCCCCUCGGGACAUGGACAGCCACCUCAAGGAGCCAACAGACUUGGAGGAAGAGGAAAGUUCCAGGACUCCGGGCCUGAUUUCCAGGCAUCAGGAGCCCAGAGAGAGUCACAGCUCCCAGAGGCGCCAGCUAAGUCCCCCUGCUCAGACUGAGAGCCCCACCUUCCUCCGGGGGAAACUCAAGCAGUCUGUGAAGCCUUGUCCCCCAGAGGACAAGGAGCCUGAGGACUGCAAAACGCCCCCAAGGCCCUUUGAGGCUGAAGGUGCCCAGCUGCAGGGCGGGAGUAACGAGUGGGAAGUGGUGGUUCAAGUGGAGGACGACGGGGAUGGCGAUUACGUUUCUCAGCACGAGAGUGUGCUGACCAGGAGGAAGUCAAACGCAAUCAGAAAGCCCUGUGCUGCCGAGCCCACCCUGGGUUCAGGUUCCCUAGCAGUUGAGACCGCUGAGAACAGAAAAGGGACAGCAGUGCCUGUUGAAUGCCCCACAUGUCAUAAAAAGUUCCUCAGCAAAUAUUAUCUCAAAGUCCACAACAGGAAGCACACUGGGGAGAAACCCUUUGAAUGUCCCAAGUGUGGGAAGUGUUACUUCCGGAAGGAGAACCUCCUGGAGCACGAAGCCCGGAAUUGCAUGAACCGCUCGGAACAGCGCCCCCCACCCCAGGCAGACUUCCCAGCAGCAAGUGGAAACCCCGGCAGAGGCUGCUGCAGCAGGCAGAAGCCCCCGCUGAUGCCGGCCCUGCCUGCCCCUCGCACUGCCAGGUCUUCACGUGCUCCGUGUGCCAGGAGACCUUCCGCCGGAGGACGGAGCUGCGGGUGCACAUGGUGUCCCACACAGGGGAGAUGCCCUACAAGGCUGCCUGGAAAUGACCCGGGACGUGUUUUGCAGUGUUCCUCCUGCUCCCAGCAGUUCAUGCAGAAGAAGGACUUGCAGAGCCACAUGAUCAAGCUGCAUGGAGCCCCCAAGCCCCAUGCGUGCCCCACCUGCGCCAAGUGCUUCCUGUCCCGGACGGAGCUGCAGCUGCACGAGGCCUUCAAGCACCGUGGGGAGAAGCUGUUUGUGUGCGAGGAGUGUGGGCACCGGGCCUCGAGCCGCAACGGGCUGCAGAUGCACAUCAAGGCCAAGCACAGGAACGAGCGGCCAUAUGUCUGUGAGUUCUGCAGUCACGCCUUCACCCAGAAGGCCAACCUCAACAUGCACCUGCGCACACACACGGGGGAGAAGCCCUUCCAGUGCCAUCUCUGCGGCAAGACCUUCCGCACCCAAGCCAGCCUGGACAAGCACAACCGCACACACACGGGUGAGCGGCCCUUCAGCUGCGAGUUCUGCGAGCAGCGCUUCACGGAGAAGGGGCCCCUCCUGAGGCAUGUGGCCAGCCGCCACCAGGAGGGCCGGCCCCACUUCUGCCAGAUCUGUGGCAAGACCUUCAAAGCUGUGGAGCAGUUACGCGUGCACGUCAGGCGGCAUAAGGGGGUGAGAAAGUUCGAGUGCACGGAGUGUGGCUACAAAUUCACACGGCAGGUAGGCAGGGACCCGGGUCACCCCCUCCCCUGGUCUGUCCCCACCCUGACCCGCAGUCCCCCUAGGCCCACCUGCGGAGGCACAUGGAGAUCCACGACCGCGUGGAGAACUACAACCCGCGCCAGCGCAAGCUCCGCAACCUGGUCAUCGAGGACGAGAAGAUGGUGGUGGUGGCGCUGCAGCCACCCACGGAGCUGGAGGUGGGCUCGGCCGAGGUCAUCGUGGAGUCCCUGGCCCAGAGCGGCCUGGCCUCCCCGCUCCCCAGCCAGAGACCGUGCGCCGAGGAGAGCUUCGCCGGCCCGGGCGUCCUGGAGCCCUCGCUCAUCAUCACGGCGGCUGUGCCCGAGGACUGUGGCACGUAGCCUGCCGUCCUCUGGGCCCAGCUCCCAAUAAACUUGUGGUUUUGGA